AUGCAGGUUUCCGCAGCUGAGUUAGUAUGCGGGGAGCGGUUGCGCUUACCCGGUGAAUUCUUUGCCCCAGCGCCCAGAGCUGAUGUAGAUCAGUCAACGUUUGUCACGCAGCUCAGACAGUACAUGGCACGAUUGCGGCCACCGCCGGUUGCAAGACACGGCCAGCGGUCCUCAUUUAUGUUCGAGGACCUCAAAACUUGUACCCACGUCUGGCUGCGGGAUGACACCGUACGACCCUCACUGCAUCCACCUUAUAAUGGGCCGUAUAAAGUGGUCCGCAGAACCGAAAAGAACUGCACCAUUUUAGUCGGUCCCAGGGAGGUUGUAGUGCGUGUCGAUCGUUUAAAACCGGCCUAUAUCGAUGCAGAAACAGCCCCAGCCCUUGUAACCAAGGAACCUCCGGUUCCAGCUAACAAGGUGGAUCAACCUCAGCCUAAACUAAUUACAACCCGGUCCGGCAGAACUGUCAAGUUCAAGACACCAAUUGAUGUCUGA